CGCCUUUCUUGAACAGGGUUUCCAACUCAUGGAUGCAGACAAAGACGGGAUCCUCGGCAAGAGCGACUUGCGAUCCGCUCACGACAUUGUCGGCAGAAUGUGCUCUGAAAAGGAGCUGGACGAAAUGCUGUCAGAUGCACCUGGACCAAUCAACUUCACCACUCUUCUCACCAUGUUCGGCGAGCGCAUGAGCGGAGGCUCCGACGACGACGAUGUCGUCAUUGCCGCUUUCAAGUCCUUUGACGAAGGUGAUGGCAACAUCGAUUCAGAGAAGUUGCGACACGCCCUGAUGACCUGGGGUGACAAGUUCUCGUCAAAAGAAGUCGACGAUUGCUACGAGCAGCUGCCCAUCGACGACGGUGGAAAAGUGGAGGUGAACGCAAUCGUGAGCAUGCUCACAGCGUCGCCGUCCGAAGGCGAAGGCGAGGAAGAAGCUGCCGCUUAAAUACAUCCAAAAGCGACGGGGAAAAAAUAAAAUAAAAUUUGUUUGAAAGAACCGAGGAAAAAGAGAAACCAGCAGAAUGACUAAGAGAUUGAAAAGACGAAAGUUUUACGAAGGAAAAAACCACGGAAAGAAUUGCGAAGCUUAACACCCAGACGGAAUUCAUGAUCCAUUUCACGAGCAAUUUUUUGAUCGACAACGACCGCCCUCCUCUCUUUCUAUUGCUGCUGCUGCUGCUAAAUCUAAACGUCUGUCUCUAUAUCUCUCUACUUUCUAUCAUCUGUCAAGCUUCCAUCUGUCACCGUGUCUCAUCUUUUGCUCAGAUGCAGAUGAUUAUUGUUCUCCGAACGCAGAGGCGACAUUUCCACGCCACGUUCGACAAGAUGACACGAAGCGAUACUUUUGUUUUAUUCUGAUGAAUAAUGAUAACUUUCAGAUUGAGUUGUUUCUUUUUUGUCCUUUGAAACAAACCAUUGGAUCCAUCCGGAAGUUACACUGCCUUCGCGUUGGCCGAGUUUCCACGGAACUUCUUGGUUUUUCUUCCUCUUCUUUUUUUUUUCUUUAGCAGAGAUUAUCGGCGUGUUUCGGCUGCGGGAAAUAUUGGCGAGCCGACCCUGGUGUCCUGUGAUUGCCGGAUCGGGAACGACGAGGAAUUCUUUUGUAAAGAACGGCUGCGCAAAAAAUUUAUUUCUGUUCCUUUCGACGAGUCUUUGCGCAGAGCGGUUCGGAAUUGGCGAGCGAAUCCGCUUGCGAAGGACCCCGAGGAUGAGAAAGAAAAUAUGCGAGAACGAAGAAUGCGAACCUGGUUCGGAAUAACGGGGAUCAAUCGACACCGGGUCGGAGAAAAUUGAUAAUAUAAUUGCGUUGGAAAGAAAAAAAUCUUCCGACUCUGCGAAACGCUAGAAAAGAAAAGAAAAAUUGUACGGAGUAUAUCAUCACCCGGAAGUGGCGGGAACUCGGGACAAACGCAACGGAUUUCAUUGUGUUUCUUUGUUUUGCUUUGCAAAAAAAUCCCCUGCCGUGUUUCCUUCUUGGCCCUGAUUUUGAGGAAAGGACGUUCGUCCUGUUUUUUUUGUUCGAGGGGGAGGGAGGGAAUUAUUUAAUGGGUUUCGUUGUGGAUUUUUUCUUCGGGUUUUGGGUGCUGAUUGUUUUGUUUUGUUUUAUUGUGGGGGAGAUUGAGGAUUUCGAUUUUAUUUCGGUUCUUUUGUUUUUUUGUCGGAGUUCUUCCUUGUGUAGGGAGACUCGCGUCGGAUUAUAUCACGUAGACCACGUUGUGCCAGGCCUGCAAUUACACGCUCUGCUUUCCCGGUUCCUUUUUUU